CAAUGAGAGACAAUUGUGGACCAUUUUCUUUAUUAUUAUUGGUGGAAUGAGUCAAAAGACAUCUCUCUCCCCUCAAUCACUCACUCGGCCAAAGAAACCAAAAAAGAGAGAGAAAAGCUCAGCAACUUACCUUCUCCAUAGCCAAGGAGUGAGCUCAAUCAAGAAGGAAGUCCAAGGAAGAAGAAAGAGUGGAGAAAGUGAAGAAAACCUUUAUUAAUUAAGGAAUUUUACGAAGGUAUUCUAGACUUCUCAAAGAAUCUAGGAGUGGCCAGAAAAGUUGCCGGAGCCGCCGGAGUUUUCGCCGGAAAAUUCCAAAAGGUCACCGAUGUUCAAAUGAGGAGGAUAAAAGCUCGCUAACGUCAUUUCAAAGUUGAAGCUAGAGCUUACUUCCUACACUCAUUGUUCGGGAGAUCGAUGGAGAGAAGACGUGGUUCGUGCUUCCUCUGGUUCUAUUUCUAAAUAAAUAAAUAAUGCUCGUGGAACUAUUUUUGACUUAGAAAUUAAUGGAGCCUGUGAGCUCUUGUUUUACCCUCGUGUGAGUUCUUAUUAAACACUUAUAUUCCGCUAUGUGUUUAGUUGUAUGUUGAUGUUAUUAUGUAUGUUUACUAAUCGGUUUUGGCAUAUGUAUCUAUCGGACGUCUUGUGCAAUUUGGUAAGGAUGAAUUGCGGUUAUUCUUAUUGGGUUGUACGACGGUUGUGUACGUGGCACAGACACGGUCUGGGGCGUGACAGCCAGAACCUAUUUACCCUAAAAAAAGCGGCCUCAUGUCUUCAGCCGACUCGGCCUAUGCCGCCGCAAGCGUCACCACCGCCGCCGGCAGUUCUUCUUCACAUUCUCCACCGGUGACCACCACCGUCGCUGCAACGUUGAACGCUGCUUUCUCCGCUGCGCACAGCUCCUCGACGAUUGGUUCUUCAGGCACGGCGUCUAUAUUCUCUACGCCAGUUAUAUUCCAAAUCUCCUCUCUGCUGCCGCCUCCCAACUUGUUUGCGACAGCGGAUGGAGCACCAUGGGUACCGCCCUCCUCAACUGGUCUCCUACCCGGCCUCAGCCUCGUCCGCAGAUUCCGUUUUACUCCGGUAUUGUCGGUUCUUCACCCACGGUGAAUUCCGGUUCAAGCUUCGCAGGCCCCACCUUCGCCGGUGCUCCGAGAAUCGCACCACUGCUGGCUUUAGCUUCUAUUGGACCGAUUGGACCACAGUAUAGUGCCACGACUACCCCAGUGUACCCGGGGGCAGCUUAUCCGAAGUGUUAUUACGGAGAAUAACUUAGAGAGAGGUCAGAGCAAGUAAGAAAGACAAGGAGUGUAUAUUCGAUAUAUCAGUUGUGACUCAUUACAAUGGAAAACGGCUACUAUUUAUAGCAACCAUAAAUGCAAGGUCUAAUCAACGAGUAGACACGUGUCAAUCAACCAGCGGUGGGGGGUCAACUCAACCACGGUGGCGCUGACAUAGCAUGUGGAUGCAUUCAAUGCGAUGGUUUGGGUGUGACGUUGUACUUGACCCGGUGAUUCAGCGCAUGUGGAAGAGGAGAUCUUGUCGAGAAGAGCGCCUUUGGUUGCACCUGCUGGGGCCGAAGGCUACAUACUGGGGGGGGGGGGGUCAAUAUGUCUCGAAGGCUGUAAUUACCGAAGGCUUAUUUUUAAAGCCUUGUUCUCAUGUGAUGUGUCUGGACUCAAUUCCAUGAAUGUAAAGCCUUCGGGCAUGGGGCCGAAGGCACACCCUGCCUAUUAUGGGCUGCCUGGAGUCUUGUUUGCUGGGCUUGGCCCACUUGGACUUGUUGGGCCUGAUUUGUUGUAACGGAAGUAUGUGGGCCGGGGGUUCCUGAGCCAUAUACUUCAUCACUCAUUUCUAUAUUAAUGUUGGGGUGUUUCUAAUUAUUUUUCUUUUUAUUUUAUUUCAUUAAAAUAAAUAAAAAAACUAUAUAAAAAUAUAUAAAAGAAAUCGUACUUUUCUAUUUUCUAAGCGUACUUGAGUAUAUGGAUACUCACACAUCAUCCUAGAGAAUCAAGUUUCUGUCUUGGGUUCUCUAAUAAAGGAGUUUAUCUUAUGCUCAAAAGCUCAAGAUGCUAAGACCUGCAACAUUUGCAUAUCUCACAUGCAUCAUACGGAUUUUUGCCCAAAGCUCCCAGAAGAAUACCAUGAACAAAUUGAUGAUGUUGGUUUCAAAAGGAAAAUACCUCACAUGAGGUAUGAUCCAUUCUCCAACAUGCCUAUGGAGGACAUGGUUCGGGCUCUUACUAACAACAUGACCACCAUGCAAAACAACAUGGUGCAAUUCCAAAAUGAGACCAAGUCUAGCAUUUUAAACUUGGAAACUCAAGUGAGUCAAAUGGUCAGAGCCGUGAGUAGGCUUGAAACAAGGGAUUCAGGAAAACUUCCCUUUCAAAUAGAACAUGAUUCUGAACAGGAAGCUUUUGCAAUCACAUUGAAAAAUGAGAAGGAAUUGGA